AUGGAUUCUCUGUGGAGUCUUUCUGGAGACCAAGGUAACGGAUGGCAUCAAGCACAAGUGGCUGUGAACAAUCAAAUGGCGUCAUAUCAGGUGAGCAUGUACAUCAGUGAACACCAAAUGUAACUGAAUCUAAAGACAGCAGAUAUAGGUGGCCCAGCUGGGUAUAGAAUUAGAAAUACCUGCUUGUUCAAGUGAUAAAUAUUUCUGAGGUUCAUUUACCAGUUAACGGAAACGACCGCACUUUUCUACUUUUUUUGCAGUUUGUAAUCGAAGGUGUACGUGGUAAAAGUUUCAUUGGAGACAUUGCAAUUGAUGAUAUCUCUCUCAUGGAUUCAUGUCCUGCAAGAGGUGAAUCACUUGUGUACUCAUAGCUAUGUAGGUCGAAGUACCAUCAAUCUUUGACAAAAUAGAGGAGGAAAGCUGCAUCGGGUCGUUCGUGCAACGUAUAGGUUAUAACGUAUUUUUAAGAUUUUAGAAAAGACUAACUUCGGCAGACAAUAUGUUGAAGGGAUUUGUUGAUGGAAAUUUCGAGUUGAUUUUUUAUACAUUUAUUCGACCUAACCAGGAGCAGUUGCGAAAAAUGCAACUAUAAGCCCUCUGGCAGGAAUCGAACCUACGGCCCUGCGAUUCCGGUGCAGUGCUCUAACCAACUGAGCUACAGAGUCAAUGACUCUAUCUUUUCCUGUGUACUAUGUAUGGCUAUUUCAUUCGCCCGAGGUAAGUUUACUUCAGUUAAACCGGUUACUGUAGGUAGAGUGUUUACUAAUGUAAGUAGAGUUUGGUUGGUUCUGUGCUUUGAGGGUUUUCCCCAUGCGCAGGUACUUGGGUUUUCUCCCUCAACAAAAACUAACCCUUAGUCCUUAGUUGUCAAACACGUAUAUCAUGAGCCUCUGACUCGGGUGAAUCGGGCAACGAUACCAUGUCCCUGUGUAUAUAUGAUGAUUGUGAUAAUUCUGUUGAUGCAUAACUACUAAAAAAAGAAAUUCAGUCAACCAUCACAAAUCAGUGUGUGUCCAACGAAAAAUAUUACAAUGGCAUAUAUAAUAGUCGACAUUCAUGUUUCAAAUGGAUAAACCGAUAUACACUGCUAGAUUGACAUGUUCCAUUGCUAGAAAAUAUCCGGCAGCGCCAACAGCACCACUGCAAGGAAAUUUUUACUGACAAACUAUAAUUGCAUGAUAUUAUCUUACACCUUACAGGAAAUUUUUGUCAUCUUACAUAUAUACUGGAAUGCUAUAUAGGCCGUGGGCUGAUGUGCGAAAAAGUGCCUAGAAAAGCAAUUUCGUGGCAUCCCCCUGGGAAAUAGAUUUUCUGUGGUGCAAUUCAUAGAACCAUAGAAGCUUAAUUACCACAAAAAGUUCACAAGCAAAAAACUUGCGCAACACCGAGAAAAUGGGUGAUCAGUGAUUAUCCUCUAUUAAAUUGUAUUACAGCAAGAAAAUGUAAAAUUUUGUAGUCAAUUACAACAAAAAUGACUUGCAGAAUCAGAAAGCUUACAAAAACCUACAUAUAAGACAUUUAAACAGAUUUUUGGUAUCUAAAAUUUUUUUCGAGUUAUACGCUGUCAAAAACGCGUUUUUGACCUAGUACCCAGUCCUUAUUGCGACAUUUUAUGUCCAAUUUUCACAUUUAAAACAGCAAUAACUCAAAGACUAUUUGAAAAAUCAAAAAACUGUUUAAAAGUCUUACAUGCGGUUUUUUGUACGUUUUCCGAUAAUGCAAGUCAUUUUUAUUGUAAUUGAAUGCAGAAUUUCCCAUUUUUUUGAUGUAAUACAAUUUAAUAGAGGAUAAUCAUUGAUCACCCAUUUUCUCGGGAUUGGGCAACUUUUUUGCUUGGAAACUUUUUUUGGUAGUGAUGUACCUAUAUGCCUUUCAAAUAAACCCCAAACGAAGUAUUUCCCACAUGGGUGCCACGAAGCGAAAUAAUUUUGCCCAACAGCCCACGGCCUAAUAUAAUUUACUUAUUGCUUAAAACUUCCAAAAGGGUUUUGCAAGUCGAGAUUGUCUUGGCAGCCUACGUUCUCUGAAAUCUACAUAUGCAGGAAGUUUUAUAUUUGUCUUAUACAGGACAUUUUUAUUUUUGGAUUUUGCUGCCAGGAAGAGAAAUAUAUUUUCUAGGCAUGCCGAUAUAUAACCAACCGAAAAAAUUAAAUACAUUAUGCUGAAAAUCCCGUUCACCUUUAGGGAAGCUAAUAUGAAAUAUUUGGGCGAAAAUUAUAUAUACAUAUUUUAGAUCUGACUGGGAGCAGCUGCAGUAAAUGCAACUACUAUAGGCCCUGUGACAGGAAUCGAACCUGCAGCCCUGUGAUUCUGGUGUGGUGCUAUGACCACUCAUGAGUUGCAGAGUCCAGUUGUCAUUUUAUAUGAUAAUAAAUACAAAGACAAGAUAGAUUGUGUUUCCAUACAAUUAUUGAAUUGCAAAAGUAAAAGUUUGUUCGGCUGUCAUCCUCACGUUGCCGUCGUCCAUGUAUAAGCUUUCUAAUUGGAGUACUGUAAAUUGUUGGAAAUUGUGACUAGUAAUGUUGCUGUGAACUGUGGUACAAAACGUUCAAUCUUGAAAUGUUGGUACUAGUCUGGUUUAAGUAAACGAAGUAAUGCCCAAAUUCAUUCAUCACCCAUUAUUUCGAUACUCCCAACUAGUGUCUUCAUCGUGGGUGAUCUAAAAUACAAAAACUAGUAUGGCUGCAUAUCCCUGAUGGUGAUACUUGACUGGUUUAUGGAAACGUUUUAUGGAAACGUAUUUGUUGUACCUGAUGGUUGAUAUGAGCUCGUAUACUUCAAAUUCGAAGCCUGAGUACCUGAUGUAUUUUCAGUGGAACAAAAGUAUUUGUGAUCUUGACUUUUAAAUGUUUAGAUAAAUUCUUUUGCGACUUUGAAGAUCUUAACAGUUGCCAAUGGACUCAAGAUAAAAGCGAUGAUUUCGAUUGGACCAGAAAUCAAGCUUCUACACCAUUAGAAGGCACUGGUCCACUUACAGAUCAUACCAAAAGUUCAGGUAAGUGUUAUAUUCUGUUCAUGGUCGAGAUACACAUGCACUGCCAUCACUUUCAUCACCAUCAUAUUCGCUAUCAUUAUCGUUAUCACUUCCACCAGCGCUAUCACCUGUUCACCAGCAUUACCACCACCCAUACUUAUCAACAUCACCACCACAAACAUCAUCAUCACAGAUAUCACCACCUUCAUUACCACCUUCAAAGUUCUAUAUCUGCUCACUUUUUAUUUAAAGAUUCUUGUAUUCAUACAUUUUUACUUGAAGUAUAUUAUAUUUCAAUUUUUAAAACGUAAAUCCAUUACAUUGUUUUACCGGAUAGGAAGAACAGUUUCGAACUGAUAGCGCUAUUCAGUUAAUAUUAAAAAAGUUAGUUUAGUUUAGAUUUCUUUCUGUAGUAACACACUGGAUCAAUAAAAAACGAUUCUUACUGGACCUCUAGGAAGAACAAUUUCGAAUUGAUAGAGUUAUCCAAUAUAAAUAUAUAGUGUUAGUUUAGGUUUCCUCCUGUAGUAGCACUGGAUGAAUAACAGAUGGGCCUCACUGAACCUUUAGAGAAAACAGUUUGAAGUGAUAGUAUAAGUAAAGUUACUUUAGUUUGUACUCGAACUUCGAGGGUUUUUUCUCCCGGUCCUCCAGUUCUUCUCAUAAAAAAACAACUCUUAGAAAUUAGUUGUGAAGUACGUGUAUCGCGAGCUUCUGACUCGGGUGAAUUGGGCAACCACACCCUGUAUGUAAUCGUCAUUAAAUAAAUCAUAGUCAUUCUUAUCAAAAAACAGGAGGCAAUUUACGAAACUGCCCCGAACAUUGAUCAGAAGUUUUACGAAGACGUCGCCAGAAAUGCAAACAAGUCUGAAGACAUAUCAGUUGAAGGUCAGUAAUAUAUCACAGAUUAGGUACUAUUUACAACAUGAGCGGCCGUGUUGUAUGGGAUAUACAAACUGGAGCCGGAGGAGAGAGAGCUUGUAUAUCCGAUACAACACGGACACGAAUGCUGUAAAAGGCUUGUGAAACGUCUCGAUGAGAACAUUCGUAUUCUUCAACAAUUUAAAAUAAAUUAAUGAUAUGAAUUUAGUGAGAAAAUUGAACUUAAAUUUUAUGUAAAUCAGCAUGAUUUUGUAUCACAUAUACAAAUGCCUUCACGGUCAUGGUUUCGUUUCUGUUUUCUUCAUAACUUGUUAAUGAGUUUCGCAAAUAUUAAUAUCUAAUCUGUGGUAAUAUGUUCAGGGACGUCGCUAUAGGGUGGGGUGGGGGUGGGGUUGUGUAACACCUCUGGCUAAUUCAAACGUUGGUCAAAGUUGGUCAAAAUGGAACUCAUAUUUGCCCAAAGAUGGUCAAAAUGGAACUGAUAUUUGUUUAAAAUUGAACGUAAAACUCGGGAAAAUUUGGUCAAAAUUUGGGAUAAAAGAUGGUCGAAGUUGCUCAAAGUUAUGAAAUCGUUCGCAAUUUUAACAAUUUUAAACUUUUGUAAUGUUUGCGGUGAAAAAAUUGGAAGCGUUGCUUAUCUUGGGGGAAAAAUAUUGAAUAUGAUUAUGUUAGUCCGGAAAAAGUUUUUCGACCAUGCUUAUUUUAGUCUGGAAAAUUUUUUUGAACCCACCCCCGUCGACAACAUUUUCGGCAAAAAUUUGUACGACUUGGUCAAGAUCCUAAGAAAUGUUGGUCAAAACAUGACGACCCCCACGUUGAUGGUUGGCUGCGCUGACGUCUCUGAAUAUGUUUAAAACCAAAUUAACCUUGGUAUGUGUUAUAUUUGCUCAUUCUAAGAAGAAAUGUAAAAUAUCUUGGUUGAAAAGAAACUCAUCGUGAUGAUUGUUUCACUGUAGAACGAGGAUGAAAGCUGAUAAAGGGAAUGAAGAUUUAACUCCGCUCGUGUUUUUACCGCCAACUUCAUCAUCAACUCUCGUAAAGAUUCUUUCAUUAACUCUACAUCAACUUUGAGCUGCUUCAAAUUAGAGUUCAUGAGAGUUUAUGUUGUGCUUGGUAAUAUCCAGUUAACACUCAUCAGUGUUCAGCUGGUUCAAAUUUUGAGUAGAGUUCAUGAGAGUUUUCGUUACGCUUGGUAAUAUCCAGUUAACUCUCAUCAGUAUUCAGCUGGUUCAAAUUUUGAGUAGAGUUCAUGAGAGUUUUUGUUACGCUUGGUAAUAUCCAUUUAACUCUCAUCAGUGUCAGCUGGUUCAAAUUUUGAGUAGAGUUCAUGAGAGUUUUUUUUGCGCUUGGUAAUAUCCAGUUAACCCUCAUUAGUUUGUGCUGGUUCAAAUUUUGAGUAAAGUUCAUAAGAGUUUUUGCGUGUUGAGCUGGUUCAAAUUUUGAUGAAAGUUGAUGUGAGUUCUCGCUACGUGCUGUAAUAUCCAGUCAACUCUCAUGCAAUUGUUGUUAUCACUGCAGACUCUCACUGGCCAACUCUUAUCAACUUUGUCGUUUGACCAGGGUUUAUAAUCUUUUGUUUCUAAAGGCAGGACAUCAGAUCACGAAGAUGUUGGUGGGCCAUCAAAUGCACACAAAUUUCCUGGAGACACUGAACUUAAUGAACGACCCGAUACCUUGAAAACUGGGGCGACAAGCGAUGCUGAUGAUCAGGAAUUUUUCGAGGAGGAUGACGAAUACGUAAUACCGGCUUCAGGGGAACCACAACACGAAACACCAGGUCAAAAUGAAAUCUAUGAAGAGCCCAAAUUAUCGCCAGAGAAUCCUGUUUAUACUGAGCUUGAUCUGAACGGCAGAAAUACAACGGAAGAUGGUACCUAUCAGAAACUAGUAAAGCAAGACUCAGAUUAUGUUAUAGCAGCUCACGAGAGAAGAGAGUCGUAUCAAGACAUCAAAAUGGGAGAAAACUUUCCAGACUACACGGAGCUGGAUCAAAGCAAACGCGAAACAGAAGUCUAA